AUGGAGGAGCUCUAUGAGAGGGCCCUCGCCUCCAAGAAGCGCCUCGUGCUCUGCGGCCACUCGCUGGGCGGCGCGGUGGCCCUGAUCUGCACGAUCAAGCUGCUGAGGAUCUGGGCCGCGCGGCAGCUGGGCGGCCGGUACGCGGCCGCGGGCGGCGCGUCGGGCGGCGGCGACGCGGGAGCGGUGUCGGCGGAGCAGCGCGGCGUCGAGCGGCUGGCCGCGGCGGCGGCCGCGGCGGCGGCAGCGCCGUUUGCGGACUCCAACAUCCGGUGCAUAACGUUUGCGGCGCCGGCGGUAGCGAACGAAAGCUUGGCGGCGGAGGUGGUGGCUGCUGGGUGGGACCGGUUCAUAUCAAACUUUGUGCAGCCAGAGGACGUGGUGGUGCCGUUUGUGAACAUGCUGCUCAAAUCAGAGGACGGCAGCGCCGCCCUGGAGCGCACCCUGCAGCGGCUGGCCAACAUUGCCGGCAGGGCGACUAACCCUGGGGCGCGCCCCACCGCGGGGCCACCCUCCGCGGCCAGGCAGGCGCGGCUGCACUGCCGAGUGCUUGUCGACAGCGCCUACAGGGAGACGGCCGCCGCGGUGAGCCUCGCAAUGGCCAGCGCGUGCCACCUUCCGGCCGCCGAGACAAUGGGCAACGCGCCGCACUCCCAUGAAAACGCGCGGUGGCUGCGGCGCAGCAGCGGCGGCGGCGGCGGCGGUGGCGCGCGGCCAAGCGGCGGCGGCGGAGCGGGCGGGCCGGGGGCCAGCUCGCGGCCGGCGGCGCUGCUGUCCGCGAGGGAGCUGCAGGGGCACCUUCCCAUCAGCACGCUGGUUGAGGCUGCCGAGGCGGGCGUGAUCGGGCUGUCCGAGGCCGAGGUUGCGGCCCUGAGCGCCGAGGACAAGCGGCGGCUGGGCAGCGCCGAGUGGCGCCUGUGGGGCGAGGAGGGCAGCGGCGCAGAGGCCGAAUGGCGCCUGGAUGAAGGGGACGAGGAUCAUCAUCGGCGGCAGCGGCGGCGGCAAAAGCAGCAGCAGCAGCGGCAGCGGCAGCAGCAGCAGCGGCAGCAGCAGCAGCAGCAGCAGCAGCAGCAGCAGCAGCAGCAGCAGCAGCAGCAGCAACAGACAGGGCAGGAAAAGCAGCAGCAGGGGCUGGCCACAGCUUCAACCGCAGCACCUGCCGACCCCGAGCGCUUCGAUGCGCUGCCACCAACAGGCGCACCCGCUUCCCGCAGAGCGCAGCUCUAUCGGCGCACCCGCUCCGCUUUUGAGUGCACCACCGACGCGCGGCGCGCCGCGCUGGUCACAGCCGUGGAACCCCAGGACGCGGCGCGGCGCAGGACCCAGCAGCAGUCCUCCAUGCAGCGGCCCGCGGCUGGCGCGGCUGCAUGUGCGCCGCCGCCGGUGGCUCUGCCCGGGCAAAAGGGCGGCGGCUGGGGCCUGUCUGGACAGGCGAUGCACGACCUGCGCCGCCGUCACCGGCAGCUGCUGGCGCAGACCGCGCAUGCGCGCGCGCUCGCGCUGGUGCAGCGCCGCGGGCCGACGCUCUGGCAGCGGCUCGUGUUCCGCGCGUCGCGCAGCACGCUCCUGGUGGCGCCGGUCUACGCGGUGUCCGCCCUCGUCGCCGUGCCCGCCGCAGCCCUGCUGCCCUCCUGCCUCCUGUCUGCCCUGCCGGCGCCGCUCGCGGCGGCCGUGCCGUUUGUGGCCUCCCUCGCGUGGCCGCUCGUGCGCGCGCUGCUGGUCCUGCUGCUGCUGCUGGUCCCGGCAGCGGUUUCCACCGAGCUCUUCCUGCGCGUGGUGCGCCACUACUACGUGGAGCCCACCUACACCCUGGGGCAGCAGUGGGUGCUGACCGGGCAGGGGCUGGAGCCGGCCCUGAAGCCGCUGCGGCAGUACCCGCGCCACUACUCCGACUUCAACGGGGUCGAGGGACUGUUUGCGGGGCACCGCAUGAAGGCGUACCGCGCGCGCCUGGGGGCGCUGCUGCCAGGAGAGGCGCUGGCGCGGAUCCCCAGCUACCGCAACUUGGCGGGCCUGCAGGCCGCCGUGGCGCGCGCACGCAGCAGCGGCGGCGGCGGCGGCGGCGGCGACGGCGGCUGUGUUGACGGCGGCAGUGCGUGA